AAAAGAAAAGACCAAUCAAUCUACUGCGUCUCUCUCCUUCAGCAGACAACCUCGUGUUCGAUCCGUGCCUGGAAGGAGCACCCGAAUCUCAAUCCCUCGCCUCGCCUCGCCUCGCCUCGCAGUUCUCUUUCGGCAUUCAAUACAAGAUUUUAGGGUUUGGAAUUUUUUUCUGGAUUGGGGGACGAUGGAUGCGAGCCGAAGGGCUGUAGAAUCUUAUUGGAGGUCUCGCAUGAUAGAUGGAGUGACUGCGGAUGAGGAGAAGGUUGCGCCCGUCUAUAAAGUCGAGGAGAUCUGUGAGCUUCUGCGGACUUCUCAUCCGAGCAUCGUUAAGGAGGUUUCGGAAUUCAUUCUUAAGCGGCUUGAUCAUAAGAGUCCAGUUGUGAAGCAGAAGGCUCUAAGACUUAUCAAGUGUGCUGUGGGUAAAUCUGGAGCAGAAUUCAGGAGGGAAAUGCAACGGAAUUCAGCUGCUUUGCGCCAACUAAUUCAUUACAAGGGAAAUUUGGAUCCUUUGAAAGGGGAUGCUCUUAACAAAUCUGUUCGUGAUACAGCUCAGGAAACUGUUUCUGCUCUCUUUACUUCUGAUGAUAAUAAAGCAACAGCUCCAGUUGAAAGCAUCAAUAAGCGUAUUGAAGGCUUUGGUAAUACGAAUUAUGAGAUGCCAGUGGAAGAGAAGAAGUCUUUUCUCAGUGAAGUUGUGGGCCUUGGAAGUGCUUCUAUCAUUCAAGGAAUAACAUCCCUCGCUGUUUCCCAUUCAUUGAAAAAAAAUGAUAGUGGGACUUACCGGAGCCCCAAUCUGAGGAGGUCUCUAACCACAGAAAUAGAUAGCAGGGAUAUAUAUGAACCAGUAAAUGAGCAUCAUGGUGAAACAUGGCAAUCAUCUGGAUCAUCAAGGAGUGCAUCUUCCAGUAGUUGGAAUCUCGAUUCAAGAAAUAGCGUGAUAAGUACAUCAGUUAAUGGGGAGAAUUCUGGUCACGCUGUGGUUAGGAGUCAUGAGGAGAGGCUUUUAGAGACAAUUGUGACUUCAGGAGGCGUACGGCUGCAACCUACUCGGGAUGCUCUCCAGGCCUUUCUCACAGAAGCAUCAAAAUUGGACCCACUUGCUAUGUCCCGUGCAAUUGAAGUGAAGCUUCAAUCUCAUUUAUGGCAGGUCCGAAUGAAGGCAAUCUGUGUCCUGGAAUCAAUUUUGAAGAAACAAGAUGAUGAUUAUUGUUCUAUUAUUGAAUCUUAUUUCAGUGAAAACAACGAUACUGUGGUUAAAUGCUGCGAAUUACCUCAAGCUUCACUGAGGGAGAAGGCAAACAAAGUCUUAAAUCUCCUGGAUGGGGACCAGCAAUCUUCUGCUGGAAACAAGGAUGACUCAACUGAUGGAAAAUCCAAGCCAGUUCCAACUGUUCAUAUGCCCGAUUUGAUCGAUACAGAUGGUCUAGAUGAUGACAAAUCCAGAAAUCCUUCAAAAAAUCUCGUUGAUCAAGGCAUCGGUGAUUUAACAUCAGCUCCUCUAGUGGAUUUAUUGGAAGGUGCCCCUAUUUCCGACGUAAGCAUCAGCAAAAAUGAAAAUGAGGAUGAUCCAUUUGCCGAUGUCUUGUUCCAUGUGACUAACGAGAAGAAGCAGACUGACAUCUUUUCAGGAUUGACAAUAGAUGAUAAAAAAUCCAAUCAGAUUUCUCUCAAUGAAAAGAAGCCCGAGUUUGACUUUUUUGGUUCCAACUCUUCGCAUGUUGAAUCCAAUGGUACGAAAAAUGUUCAAGAUUUGAUGGUUGGACUAUCUAAUUCAGAUGGGAGCAGUCAACAGAGCCAACUUCCUCCCAAUGGGACUUCUCAGGGUAUUGCUGGUUCAAAUGCUUACUACUCUAUGGCUGCCAUGCAAUAUAAUAUGCAGCCAAAUAUUAUGUUUAAUCCAGCUCUUGCUAAUCAGUCCAUGAACUAUGGUGCAAUGGGAGCGUAUAUUGCUCAGCAGCAAUUACUUUAUCAAAAUAUUGGGAAUGCGAAUCCUGGUUUUAUCAAUGCUGCUGGCAUUGCCACGGAUGCUGGUUACUCUUCUUCAGCACUCCCUGAUAUUUUUCAGAUAUCGAAUAAUCCAGUUCAUAGCCAUGGUGCAAUGAUGAGCAACUCGAAAAAAGAUGAGACGAAGGCUUUUGAUUUUAUUUCGGAGCAUAUGUCUGCUGUGCGCGAUUCGAAGAGAAUACGAUGAUUGGUAUUGAACAGAGGGAUGAUCUGCUGUUAUUUAGAGUGUUUGGUGAAUGUUUUUUUUAACAAUUUGAGUAAAUUAUUUCUUCCAUAAUGUAUUUAAGACGUUGUCUAGUUAUGCUCCUACCCUUAGGAAUAUGAAAAACCAGAAAUCAUAUACAUUGAGAGGGAUGUUGGGGAGUGUUGUAAAGAACUUUUGAAAUGAAGUUAAAAUGUACAAUUUGCAUUCUUUGGGUCUUUGUAAUUUGUCUAAAUAUUUUUGGUAUUUAUGAUGUGCU